UAAUUCUCAUUCAUACCUUUCUACAUUGAAAAUCGUGUAUUUUAACAAUGCAAACGAAAAUCAUGAAUUCUAACAAUGCAAACUUUUUUGUGCGUUACUUUUCAAUAGCUGAGGAGAAAUAAAUUUAAUAGCUUUAUACAUGAUAAUUUGAGAGAAAAAACAAUAACCUCAAAAACGGGGCUCAGAUGUUUUAUAAGAUUAUUUCAUGAAUAUCGAAAGUGUUGUUUCACUAUUUUCGUCAAUACUACUGAAUGAGGAAGCUUUUGCAUGAAUAUUUAUAUAUCUCUUAUGGAAGAGAAAUAUGUAAUCCAAUGUAAUCAUAUGAAUAAAUGAGCUGUUUUUUCAGCCUGAUACAACCAAAGUAUGAGAGUGAAACACCGCCAACUACAGAUCCUUGUAGUCCAGAUGGCAGUCUUCCUAGGACUCCUUCCCCAGCAGACGAAAUCCAGUCCAAUGCAGAAGAGAUGGCCAAUAUCCAGGGAGGAAUAAGCGAUUCUCUUACUCAGCUGGUGGAGAACCAGAAAAUGGUUGUUGCUGCACUGUCAGAAUUGGUGAAAGACCAGAAGCAGUUGGUGGCAAGCCAGGAGGAAAUGGUGGCAGUGGUGAGGGAAGGGGUAAAUGCCAUCCGAGGGGCCUUGGAUUUGUAUAGGAAGAAGAUAGUAGUAGGGUAGAAAAAAAAGUUUUGUAUAUUUGUAAGGAAAUGUAUAUUUUUGUAAAAAAAAA